AUGAAUAACCCUGUAACUUGCAAAGAAGCAAGUGUUCAACCUUCUUCAGAAAAUUUAUUUUCACGCGAAAAACUACUUCAUGAAAUUCAACAUAAAUUUUUACAAGGUACAGACAAUUCAGUUGUAGUAUUAUGUGGUAUGUCGGGUGUUGGAAAGACACAUAUUGCAAGAACAUUUCGAGAAAAUUAUUAUAAGUUAUAUAAAAACUUUGUUUGGAUAGACGCAGCAUUUGGAAAGUUACAAACUUCGAUGAGAAACCAUUGUCAAAUAUUAGGAUUCGAAGUUCGCGAUUUAAAAGGUGAUUAUUUUAAUAUGGAAGUGGUUAUUGAAAAAGUUCACCACUAUUAUAAAAACGAAAAGACUUUGUAUAUUUUCGACAAUGCCGACGACGAAAGUGUUAAAAAUUUAGCAAUGUAUAUUUCAAGAAAACCAAAUUCAUUUACGUUGAUAACCUCUCAAUGGAGAACGUGGUCAAAAAAUGUUAACAAAAUUCACAUUGAUGUUUUUUCUUCUAAAGAAGCAUUCGCUUAUGCAAUAAAAUAUAUAAAUAUACACAAAACGUCAAUAGAAAAAUACUUAGACCGGUAUAAAUCAAAUCCUUCAGAAAUAUUAGACAAUAUAAACUUUCCAACCGAAGAGGAAUCAAAAUCUGCAAUAAAAGCAAUUAAUUUAGUUUUAUUAAAACUAGAAAAAACUAAACCCUUUCCAUUCAAGAUAUUAAACUGUUUAUCUCAUUGCGAUGGUCAAAACAUAAGUAAACAAUUUAUAACCCAAAUCUCAAACUACGUGCAAAUAAACGAAGAACAUCUAAUAGAUGAAGCCAUUGGAUUACUAAUAAGUUAUUCUUUAUUAAACUGUUUUGAUGAUGAAAAAUAUUCUAUGCAUGAACUAACACAGUUGUCGUGCAGAUGUUUUCAAAAUAAAAAUUCAAGUACUAAUACGUAUCUUGAUCUUAUCGAAAAUUAUUUAGGAUUUGAAUUAAAAGAAGUAAAAGAUCACAUGGAUUACGGAAACCAUUUUGUUUUUCAUUUUAUCUAUAUGUUUCGUAAUAACGGAAAAAGAAUUUCAAAAGUCUUUAAUGAUAUGACAACUUCUAUUAAAAAAUUAUUAGUAUGUAAAGGUUUAUUUAAAGAAGCAAUCGAAAUAUUAAGAGCUAUUCAAAAUUUCAAUACAGAAACUAACGGUGAAAAUAAUAAACUCACGCUUGAUGCAAGACAUAAUAUCGCAAACUGUAUCAACCAUCCAUCUUCAAUGAUAACAAAACAUAACAUAGCAAGCUGUUUGUAUGAUAUGGGAAAAUAUAACGAAGCUUUGGAAAUUUAUUACUCUGUUAAUAAAAUACAAGUUGAGAUUUUAGGUAUCAACCAUCCAUCUACGAUGACAACAAAACAUAAUAUCGCAGGAUGUUCCGUGUGGGAUUCAUGGGAUUUAUAUGGGACGGAUUUUCCCAUGUGGUAUCCGUAUGGAAAUUUGCCACUUAAAACCCAUAUGGGUAAAUCCCACAUGGGUUACAUGUGGUAUUUACCCACAUGGGAUUUUCUCAUGUGGUAUCCGUAUGGAAUUUUGCCACUUCAAACCCAUAUGGGUAAUCCCACAUGGGUUACAUGUGGGAACCAUAUGGUUUUUACCCACAUGGGAAAUCCCACAUUAAAUGAAAUGGAAAGUUGA